UGGCUGACUGUGGGUCCGCCUUGCCGUGGGAGUAUGAGUGAAGGGUCUGAACAGAAUCUGAAACUCUCAUCCUCCCCCGUCUUCGUCUUCUCCUCCUCUGCUUCUCUCUUCUCUUCCCCAAUUCCCCCUCAAACCCUAGCGACCGAUCCGUGAGUUCCCUCCGGCGCCGGCGCCGCCGCUCCGAUCGCUCGCCUCUCCGUCAGCCCCAGCCCGCCGUCCGCGCCGCGGCAGCAUUCCAUGGAUUUCCGCUUCGGCGCCGGCGACCGCGGGCCGCCCGGCUAUACUUCGUCCGUCCCAGGGCCUUUGCCGCCGCCGCUGGAGUGGCAGGCGCCGCCGCGAGAGCUCGUCAUUCGCGAGCAGGUGACGCGGCGGCUCACCGAGGAGUGGGCCAAGGGCGAUCCCGCCUUCGCCCGUGACCUCAACAGGGGGUUCGGGCCCGACCCGUUCUUCGCCCCCGAUCGCUUCAUGCCGCCGCCACCGCACGCGCCGAUGCCGAUGCCGAUGCACCCGCUCCCGCACGCGCCGCCGCCGGUGCCAUUCGAGGAGUUCGGGGGCUGGCAGGGAUUCGGGCCUCCUCGCCUGCACGUGCACGCGGGGUUUGGGGAAAGGACGCGGUUUCUCUUCGGGGCGAGGUGGGGGUCCACGCCGCGGCCAGAUCCGAAGCACAAGCUCAAGCUGCUUGAGGUCGAGCCUUCCGGGAGACCCGAGGCUCUUUCACCGAAGGUUCCAAUGAUGAAGAGUAAAGCAGAUGCAAAUGCUGCAACUAUUGUACCAAAGAAAGUACAGAAACUAGCCGAGGACUGGAGUUGUGCACCACCAUACCAGGUUAGUGCACCAUCUGAAUCUGGUCUAAAUGAGCAUCUUGGAGGAAGAGAACAUAAGGCAAAGUUGGCACAAUGUGGCGUCAGCAAGGCGACCAAAGGUAACAAAAGCUGCUUGCAGACGACCACUGGGAAUGUGAACAACACAGAUCCUUCUGAUGCACCUAAGAAAAUAUGCAUGCUAGUAGACGGUGCAACAUGUGAAGCUGGUCUAAAUGAGGAUCUUGGAGGAAGAAAACAUGAGGCGAAGUUGGUACAAUGUGGCGUCAGCAAGGCGAUCAAAGAUGACAAAAACUGCUUGCAGAUGACCACUGGGAAUGAGAACAACACAGAUCCUUGUGAUGCACCUAAGGAAAUAUGCAUGCUAGUAGAUGGUGAAAUGCAUGAAGUUGUUCGGAAGAACAACUAUCUGUGGUGUGAUCGCUGCAGAGUCAGGUGUGAUAGUAAAGUCAUCAUGGCUGGCCAUCUGCGGAGCAAGAAGCACAGUAAGUUAAACAAGGUUUGGACAUCAAUAAAGGCCGUGAGGACAAAUACCGAUACUAAGGAAGGUUUGCCUUCUUGUGGAAGUCAGGUAAGUACAAACAGCCCUACUGAAAUUCCAGCGGUAAUUGAAGGCGACAUAAAUAUGACCACCGGAGUAGAUGAAAGCGGCCCUGUAGAAAAUGCAGUCCAGAAAGAAAUCCAUCCGCGGAGCAAGAAGCACAGUAAAUUAAAUGAGGUUUGGACAUCGAUAAAGGCUGUGAGGACAAAUACCGAUACUAAGAAACAAAUCCAUACGAGGAGCAAGAAGCAAGGUAAAUUAAACAAUGUUUGGACAUCGAUAAAGGCUGCGAGGACAAAUACCGAUACCAAGGAAGGUUUGCCUUCUUGUGGAAGUCAGGCUCUUUCAUCAAAUCCAAAGGUUCCAACGAUGAAGAGGAAAACAGAUGCAAAUGCUGCAACUACUGUACCAAAGAAAGUACAGAAACUAGCCAAGGACUGGAGCUGUGCACUAUGCCAGGUCAGUGCACCAUGUGAAGCUGCUCUAAAUGAGCAUCUUGGAGGAAGAAAGCACAAGGCAAAGUUGGCACAGUGUGGCGUCAGCAAGGCGAUCAAAGAUGACAAAAACUGCUUGCAGACGCCCACUGGGAAUGAGAACAGCACAGAUCCUUGUGAUGCACCUAGGAAAAUAUGCAUGCUAGUAGACGGUGCAACAUGUGAAGCUGGUCUAAAUGAGCAUCUUGGAGGAAGCAAACAUAAGGCGAAGUUGGCACAAUGUGGCGUCAGCAAGGCGAUCAAAGAUGAUAAAAACUGCUUGCAGACGCCCACUGGGAAUGAGAACAGCACAGAUCCUUGUGAAGCACCUAGGAAAAUAUGCAUGCUAGUAGACGGUGCAACAUGUGAAGCUGGUCUAAAUGAUCAUCUUGGAGGAAGAAAACAUAAGGCGAAGUUGGCACAAUGUGGCGUCAGCAAGACGAUCAAAGAUGACAAAAACUGCUUGCAGACGACCACUGGGAAUGAGAACAGCACAGAUCCUUGUGAUGCACCUAAGAAAAUGUGCAUGCUAGUAGACGGCGCACCAUCUGAAGGUGGUCUAAAUGAGCAUCUUGGAGGAAGAAAACAUAAGGCGAAGUUGGCACAAUGUGGCGUCAGCAAGGCGAUCAAAGAUGACAAAAACUGCUUGCAGGCGACCACUGGGAAUGAGAACAGCACAGAUCCUUGUGAUGCACCUAAGAAAAUAUGCAUGUUAGUAGACGGUGCAACAUGUGAAGCUGGUCUAACUGAGCAUCUCGGAGGAAGAAACAUUAAGGCCAAGUUGGCCCAGUGUGGCGCCAGCAAGGCAAUCAAAGAUGACAAAAACAGCUUGCACACGACCACUGGGAAUAAGAACAGCACAGAUCCUUGUGAUGCACCUAAGAAAAUAUUCUUGCUAAUAGAUGGUGAAAUGCAUGAAGUUGUUCAGAAGAACAAAUAUCUGUGGUGUGAUCGCUGCAGAGUCAGGUGUUAUAGUAACGCCACCAUGGCUGGCCAUCUGAGGAGCAAGAAGCACAGUAAAUUAAACAAGGUUUGGACAUCGAUAAAGGCUGUGAGGACAAAUACCGAUACUAAGGAAGGUUUGCCUUCUUGUGGAAGUCAGGUAAAUACAAACGGCUCUACUGAAAUUCCAGCGGUAAUUGAAGGCGACAUAAAUAUGACUACCAAAGUAGAUGAAAGCGGCCCUGUAGAAAAUCCAGUCCAGAAAGAAAUCCAUCUGCGGAGCAAGAAGCACAGUAAAUUAAACAAUGUUUGGAUAUCGAUAAAGGCUGUGAGGACAAAUACGGAGACUAAGGAAGGUUUGCCUUCUUGUGGAAGUCAGGUAAAUACAAACGGCUCUACUGAAAGUCCAGCGGUAAUUGAAGGCGGCAUAAAUACAACCACCGAAGUAGAUGAAAGCGGCCCUGUAGAAAAUCCAGUUCAGAAAGAAAUCCAUCUGCGGAGCAAGAAGUACAGUAAAUUAGACAAGGUUUGGACAUCGAUAAAGGCUGUGAGGACAAAUACCGAUAGUAAGGAAGGUUUGCUUUCUUGUGGAAGUCAGGCUCUUUCAUCAAAUCCAAAGGUUCCAAUGGUGAAGAGGAAAGGAGAUGCAAAUGCUGCAACUACUGUGCCAAAGAAAGUACAGAAACCAACCAAGGACUGGAGCUGUGCACUAUGCCUGGUUAGUCGACAAUGUGAAGCUGCUCUAAAUGCGCAUCUUGGAGGAACAAAGCAUAAGGCAAAGUUGGCACAGUGUGGCGUCAGCAAGACGAUCAAAGAUGGCAAAAACUGCUCGCAGACGACCACUGGGAAUGAGAACAGCACAGAUCCUUGUGAUGCACCUAAAAAAAUAUGCAUGCUAGUAGACAGUGCAAUGCAUGAAGUUGUUCGGAAGGACAACUACCUGUGGUGUGAUCACUGCAGAGUCAGUUGUGAUAACUACGCCACCAUGGCUUGCCAUCUGCAAUGCAAGAAGCAGAGUAAAUUAACCAAGGUUUGUUCAUCGAUAAAGGCUGUGAGGACAAAUACCAAUACUAAGGAAGGUUUACCUUCUUUUGGAAGUCAGGUAAAUACAAAUGGCUCUACUGAAAUUCCAGCGGUAAUUGAAGGCGACAUAAAUAUGACCACCGCGGUAGAUGAAAGCGGCCCUGUAGAAAAUCCAGUCGGGAAAGAAAUGACAAGAAUGGCCACCAUAAAGGCUGUGAGGACAAAUACCGAUACUAAGGAAGGUUUGCUUUCUUCUUGUGGAAGUCGGGUAAAUACAAACGGCUCUAUUGAAAUUCCAGCGAUAAUUGAAGGCGACAUAAAUAUGACAACCGCAGUAUAUGAAAGCGGCCCUGUAGAAAAUCCAGUCCGGAAAGUAUUCACAAGAAUGGCCACCAUAAAGGCUGUGAGGACAAAUACCGGUACUAAGGAAAGUUUGCCUUCUUCUUGUGGAAGUCAGGUAAAUACAAACGGCUCUACUGAAAUUCCAGCGGUAAUUGAAGGCGACAUAAAUAUGACCACCGCAGUAGAUGAAAGUGGGCCUGUAGAAAAUCCAGUCCAGAAAGAAAUACAAAGAAUGGCCACCAUAUGGGCAAUGUUUUCUUGCUAAGUUUCUUAGAUACUACGAAUCCAGUUCAACAGAUGGCUUAUAAGGUAUAUAACUUGAUUACUAGUGUCUAAGCAACUUUGCAAGAGAAACAUUGCUCCCUAGAAGUAUGUGUUCUUGUUACUCCCUGGACAUGUCUUUCACAUGGAGAUGACUUAUUUAUGUAGAAUGCCCAGUUUGAACUUUGCCUAAGCUGCUUCUGUUGUAGUUCUAGCCAGUUUUGAUUGUCGCCCUCUGUUUAAGUUAAUGUGAGUAGGUGGGACGGGUUGAGCUGGUGAUGAGUAGGGUUUCCCUGAGUGCUAACUUGACUCGUUUGUAAUUUAUUUAGGUCUUUUAGGUGUGGCUCAGGUUUGCUUUUGCAUAUGUUGUGUGGAAAGUUGUUCGUUGAUUAGUUGCAGCACAUACUCAUCAAUAGCUGUUUCAGAAAGACUGUGGUCAGCAUUAAUAUAUAGUUGUGAGCUCAGAUGCAUAUAUAUUAUCCAAGCAUCCUGAUGAAGACAGAAACCGGCAUAUAUGAAAUAUUAGGCAAAAAUGCUUCUAAAGCUGCAAAUUCCAUGAAAAUGAGGUGUAGGUUCCGACGAUUCUUGACUGAUUUAUAGUGCUCGGGAAGGUUGUGAUAUGUAUGCAUGCCAAAUUUCAACGUCAAAUUUUGGUACUGAAAUUUUGCAUUAAUGUUUGGUACUGAAAUUUGGCAUUAAUGUAGAACAUGGCCUUCCUUGGUAUCUUAAAUUAUUUUAGAGAUGAUCUUUGAAACUUCUGCCCCGGGUAUUCAUGGAAUUUGUGAGUAUCUUAAAUUAUUUUAGAGAUGAUCUUUGAAACUUCUGCCCCGGGUAUUCAUGGAAUUUGUGAGUUUAGACAGUUUUUUGCUGGAUAUAUAUACCCUCGAAAGUUUCGUCCACAGCAGCUUAUCUCAGGUGUUGCUGGGAGAAACGCAACAAAUCAUGGGAGAUCAGAAAACUCAGUGAACAGCAUGGCAAGCUUGCAGCCAAGAAGCAAUCCAUGUCCUGUGGUCCUGCUGUUUAUUUCUGUUAGGCCAGAGUUCCAAUGUCUCUGCAUUGCUCUGCUGUUGUACCUUCUCGAGUUUGAAUUCUGGAUUGUUAUAAUUUGUAUCCCAUAUAGAUCUGGUGUUAUAUCUUCUGAAAUAAUC